CCUAAAACCGUACAUUACAAUACGCGAACAUCCUGUUGUACAUCGAAUUCUGUUUAUUUUCUUUCCGUCUGAAAGUUAUUAACACAAAAUAAUCUAUUAAAUAUAAAAUCUGCUGGACAGUUGAAUAAAAAACCACGUUCCAUAUUUCUGAUGCUGAACAGAGAGACGUUAUGUCAGGUUCUCGUGGGCGCAAAGUAACGACCAGUAGGUCUGGUGGUGACCCAAGAUGGCCUGAACGCCAACAGUCUUAUUACAAUCAAAAUACAUCUAUCCCAGAUCUUAGAAGUUUGGGAGGCUGGGAUAACUGGAAUUUUCGUCCAACAACAAGUUAUAAUGCCUGGCAACAUAGUUCUAAUUUGCAUCAGGUCUGGCCAUCAACUCAGUAUCAAGGAGGUUACUUCAGUGAAGAUCGCCAUUCAAGAACAGGAGCUUUUGAGCCGGUCCAACACAGGUUUCCAAAUUCAUUUAAUCCACCUAACCAUUUUGCAGAACGUAGCUUGGCACAUUUGAACCACACACCACUAAAUGAAUUAACUAGUGGCAGCCACAGCGGAUCAAGAGAUCUAGUAACCCCCCGUGAAUCUUCAUCUUCACACAACAAACAGUCAAUCUCUGCGAAAGACAAGCAAAAUGUUCAGAGUGUGAGAAGCAAAGUCACUGACAGAUCUGCUGCUGGUAGGAGUAGAAUACCAAGUAGUGAAUCACAACAAGAUAGCAGUAAGCAAAAUCCUAGAGUCCCAGUGUCCAUAGCUGAGAAGCAAAGUGUACCUGUAAAAUCAGCCAGCUUCAUGCCUCCUAAUGACGAUUUGAGGAAUAAAGUAAAGGCUUCCCUUGAAAAGUUUGCUGCAGCAAAAGAUCAGGUCCCUCCGAAGAUAACUUCGUCUACAGCGGCCGAACCUCUUUUACCAUCGUCACCCCAAAAAGUGCGGGAGUCUCGUGUACCAACCAUGGAAACUUUAUCUUCUCCAACUACACGGCAUACGAUCAGACUCCCGGCAAGCUGUCAUCGACGCACAUCGCAAUCAAGCUCAACAUCAAAUUCAACAGUGAACAACGAUGCAUCUAGCAACCCGCUAGAAGGCAUUGGCUUCAUUCAGAAUACAAGUAGCCAGGUGAUAGACCAGACGCCCAGGGUUGCUAGCGCAGCUACGAUCUCAAGUAGUGAUGUACCGACACAGGAAAAUGAGCCGUUGACUACCAUCCCCAAGGAUCAGUUAAAUAAGUACAUCAGAUCUAUGGACAAUCAUCAGCGAAGGCAAUUGGUGGAACAGCCGCGGGCCAUUAUCUCGCAAUAUAUGCUUAAUCACCUAGUACAGGAAAACCAAACUGCCAGAGCUCGGCAGUUAUCAUCAUUACGUUUUCGACUGAGCUCAAACGAAUUGGAAUUUUCGUCGAGGACGGAAACAAAUGUCAUACUGUCAGAAGAACUUGUUGACGAAUUUAAGGAAUUACUUUCACGAGAUGACGAAGAAUCUGUUACGCCCGCAUCAACGUCGAAAAGACCAGAUUCUGAAGAUGAAGACAUUCAAGUCUUAGAACCACCACCAAAGGAGCCCCCCUUGUGCAUAGACUUGGAUCUGGAUGAUAAGUCACCAGAUGCUUCGCCAUCUUCCCUUAAACGGUUACCUGCCGAAAAGCCCACCGCUCUCCAACAAGAGUUAAAAUCACCGAUGAUCGGUCGGGUUGAAAGUCCUAGCAAUCGGAGUAAUAAUAACAUAGCUUGGGCAGACGGUAACCCCGCUUCUCCUCUUAUGGUGUCUUCAAAGCCAGCUGUAGCAUCUACAGAAGUUGCCCCUGUAUCGGCAGUACCGGAGCAAACAAGUGCUGUAACAGAAACCGCUACAGUGAGUCAAGCGCCUUGCCCCGUGCCAGUAAGUGCAUCCCCUGCCUCUCGCUGUAGCCCACCUUCUGUCAUGACUGCACCAGUGCAGCCACAGUCAACUCAAAACAAGCCAAGCUCAGCCUCCACCAGUACUCCUCCGUGUAUUACUACUACCGUUUCGGCGGGAAAGAAAAGUUUCCUAGAGAAGCCAGGCAAAAACAAAAAGAGGAAGGAAAGGCGAGAACUGAAGAAAACGGGUGGUCAAGAAAAACAAAAUUUGAAAAAACAAAAAAGUAAGCAAAAAUCACCAACAACAUCUCCUGUGAAAACGAAUGCUGAGUUAAUGAUCCAUUGGAGACAAGCGCAGAGUACCUCAGAAAAUCCAGCAGAAGCUGGGGAAUCAGACACAACGGAAAGGGUGGCGUCGGCACUGGAGCGAGCUGAAUCCUUAGAAAAAGGACCUCAAUCUGGUAGGACGAAAAGCGCUCUUAACUUUCUCUUGAUAGAUUUGCAAGCAGAGGAACAAGAAGGCAAAAACAGAAUCGCUUUGAUUGAUCGAACAAUUGAAGAACUCCAGUUGGAACGUAAAGCUCUAACUGAUAAGGUGCUUGCCCUCAAACAAAAACAAUUUGAUCUUUUACGUUCGGCUAUGUGUUCAAAUACUUUCGACGAUGACAGCUCAUCUGUGCCAUUAGAAUCUGUCAAAACGACGAUUAAGGUACCUCCCGCCACGGAAAUAGCUAAAGACAAGGUUGUGGAAGACAAGGCAACCAAUGAUGACACAUUAACCGUCCAGACAACUCCUGCUGUAGCCUCCAUUCAGUUACUGAGUCUAAUGCAUCAGCUGGAGGAGAAUGGGGUGCAGGUGAAUCUAGGUGACGUGGAACUUGCUGUUCCAAUAGAUCCAGCUCCUCCAGUUAGUGCCAUUACUUCGAUAGGAAACAAACGAAAAAGGAUAGCCGGUGAUGAUUCAAAACAACCGAAGAAAAAGGGCACACCGACUAAUUCUCCGGCACGAAUUGUUACCGGUGCCCAAGCUGUUGAGAAGCCGGAUCAGUUACCGGGAAACUCGCUUCUUAUACAUCCUAUCCAGUCAAACAAUACUUCAGGUCCAUUACAGACUAUGUCUGUUGGUCAAAUUAACCAGAUUUCCUCGUCUAUUUCGGCCGUUAUUGCGCAACCAGUAGACCCUAAUUAUGAAAAAAAAGCAGCGUCGCCACUCGCCCAUGGCGGUCAAUCAAAAAAGGCAACAACAUCCGAUACAUCGGUUGCCACAGAGUCUCAAACCUCAUCAAAUGAAUCAUCUACGACAAAAUCUCACAAGAUAUCUUCGUCUGCUGUUAAAGCAGUGGAGCCGAAAAAGACAAUGAGCGUUCAUGAAAAAACUGUUACAGACAAAAGUGCACCUAACACUUGUCAAACAGUGGACAAAGAAACCUAUAUCACUACCUCGCGUCCCGCUGAAGCUGUUCGCACCUAUUCACGGCGUGAAGAUUCUACUAACCAGAAAAAUACUACACCAAAGCCUGCUCCUGUUAAUACCCAAAGCGCUGGAACGAGUACUAAAACUCCUCGACCAGCUGGAUCCAAUCAAGUGAACGAUCUUGCUCCAACCCCUCCAGUCCCUACAGAAAAAGCGGCAAGUUGCCCUGUGCCUGCCGAGGUCGUACCUCAGCCGUCUCUCAACGCAGCGUCCUCGUCAGAUUCAUGCAAUUUUGUUUUAUUACGAUCGCAUCAAUCGUCCGUAAGAUGUGUGUUUAUUUGCGGCCCCUGCGCGUUCACAGCUUCAGAAGACGGGACGGUGCACAUCUACGACCUUUUGACGAAUUCGUUAUCAAUGCGGAUACUGGGCCACACAAAGCCAGUCACAUGGUUGUAUGCGGCCUCAUUGAGCACACCAAGUGAAGUGCUGAAAACCAUCAAAUACACGACAGAGUAUCUUAAUCAUCUGACGUUGAUCACGGGUAGCGAAGAUGCCCACAUACGACAAUUUUCUCUGGACAGUGGUGCCCUACUUCACGAGAAAUUUUGCGAAUUUCCGUUGACGUGUGUUGUUGGUCACAAACUGCAAUCGAAGCUCUAUGUUGGUACUACCGAAGGAACUGUCUACACCUACAGUCCCAAACUCAACGCGCUGAGAACAAACAAGUUCAAAGCAAAUGCCGAAGUAAUUUCCAUGAAGAUAUUAGCCGUUCGUGGAAAAAGGGCAAUUAUCGUGGCAGCAAGGCGAAUGGAUCCUGUAAUCUAUGAUCUGGAAACGGAAGAAGCACUCUUCACACUUACUUCCAACAUUCCCAGCAGUUCCUUUUACUCCAUUUCGACUGCUGCAAAUCUUAUAUUCUGUUGUGACGCCAACAAAAAGGUGUUCAAAUUUGAUACAAAUAGCGAUAAGCCUCUUUGUCAAACGGAUACACUGCCUUCUGCUGCCGUGGGCUCGUUCUACGAUGGCAAACGAUACCUUGUCUUAGGCUGCAUGGAUGGAGUCAUUCGUGUUCUAGAUACUACGCAGAAACCACAGAAAACACCUUCCCGUCUUUUUGCCUUGCCAGGACAUGUUCUGAAAACUCUCACAUGUAUGAAGGUCUUUGGGGAAAGGAUUGUUGGUGGAUCGCUGAACGGAGAAGUUGGUCAUUGCCGACUCCCCAAUCUAGAGGCCCUAAGUAAAAGUCAGCCGCAAAUGUGAAGACACGUUUCAGUGUGAAGAUAAUCUACUUUAAAAGUAGAAGAAUUUGAAUAAUA